UCUGACAGUGAACGCAGUUUUCAUGACAGUGAACUCAAUUUUCAUGGCAGUGAACUCAGUUUUCAUGACAGUGAACGCAAUUUUCAUAGCAGUGAUAGCAGUUCUGAUGGUGAAGACAGUUCUGACGGUGAAUGCAGUUUUGAUGGUGAAGACAGUUCUGAUGGUGAAUGCAGUUCGGAUGGUGAACGCAGUUCCGACAGUGAAUUGAAUUCUGAAGAACCCCCCAGAAAGAAAUAUAAAAAUUCGAGUCUUACAUACCGAAGAACAAAGAUUCAUGAUGCCGUUUCCUGUUGGGAUAUUAUUACUCUUAAAGAAAUUCUUCAGAAUGAAACGCAUUUGGUAGAUGUGCAAGACGAAUACGGAAAGACAGCCUUACACAUAGCUGCUGAACAAGGGAAUACGCAAAUAGCAUUACUGCUUUUGUCUGUGGGUGCUGAUAUGAGCCUGCAAGAGCAAGUGGGCAUGACCGCUCUCCAUAUAGCUUUGAAACAUAGCUACGAAGAAACAGCAAAAGUUCUUAUCAACGCAGAAGCGAAGAAUGACAUACAAGAUAAAAAUGGUAAGACUGCCUUGCAUUAUGCAACAGAAAAGAAAUACAUAGAAGUUGUGAAGAAACUUUUAGCUGCUGGUGUUAAUACCCAACUUCAAGACAAAUCGGGAAAGACGGCCCUCCAUGUAGCUUUGAAAGAGCGUAGCCAAGAUGUAGCAGAAUUGCUUGUCGAGGCAGACUCGAAAAACAACAUUCAAGAUAAAUGUGGAAAGACUGCAUUACAUUAUGCAUCAGAGUGGGGUUGUAAAGGUGUUGUAAGGAAAAUGUUGGCUUCAGGUGCUAAUACCAGUCUUCAAGAUAAAUCGGGAAGGACGGCCCUCCAUGUAGCUUUGAAAAAAUUUAACAAAAUGUCAGCAGAACUGCUUGUCGAGGCAGACUCUACAAACAACAUUCAAGAUAAGGAUGGAAAGACUGCAUUACAUUAUGCAUCAGAGCGCUUUUAUUAUGAAGAAGUUGUAAGGAAGCUGGUGGCUUCAGGUGCUAACACCCGUCUUCAAGACAACACGGGAAAGACGGCCCUCCAUGUAGCUUUAAAAGAGUGCAGCAAUAAGACAGCAAAAUUGCUUGUUGAGGCAGACUCUACAAACAACAUUCAAGAUAAGGAUGGAAAGACUGCAUUACAUUAUGCAUCAGAGCACAAUCAUGAAGAAGUUGUAAGGAAGCUGGUGGCUUCAGGUGCUAAUACCCGUCUUCAAGACGACACGGGAAAGACGGCCCUCCAUGUAGCUUUAAAAGAGUGCAGCAAUAAGACAGCAGAAUUGCUUGUCGAGGCAGACUCUACAAACAACAUUCAAGAUAAGGAUGGAAAGACUGCAUUACAUUAUGCAUCAGAGCACAAUCAUGAAGAAGUUGUAAGGAAGCUGGUGGCUUCAGGUGCUAACACCCGUCUUCAAGACAACACGGGAAAGACGGCCCUCCAUGUAGCUUUAAAAGAGUGCAGCAAUAAAACAGCAGAAUUGCUUGUCGAGGCAGACUCUACAAACAACAUUCAGGAUAAGGAUGGAAAGACUGCAUUACAUUAUGCAUCAGAGCACAAUCAUGAAGAAGUUGUAAGGAAGCUGGUGGCUUCAGGUGCUAACACCCGUCUUCAAGACAACAUGGGAAAGACGGCCCUCCAUGUAGCUUUAAAAGAGUGCAGCAAUAAGACAGCAGAAUUGCUUGUCGAGGCAGACUCUACAAACAACAUUCAAGAUAAGGAUGGAAAGACUGCAUUACAUUAUGCAUCAGAGCACAAUCAUGAAGAAGUUGUAAGGAAGCUGGUGGCUUCAGGUGCUAACACCCGUCUUCAAGACAACACGGGAAAGACGGCCCUCCAUGUCGCUUUAAUAGAGCGCAGCAAAAAGGCAGCAGAAUUGCUUGUCGAGGCAGACUCUACAAACAACAUUCAAGAUAAGGAUGGAAAGACUGCAUUACAUUAUGCAUCAGAGCACAAUCAUGAAGAAGUUGUAAGGAAGCUGGUGGCUUCAGGUGCUAACACCCGUCUUCAAGACAACACGGGAAAGACGGCCCUCCAUGUCGCUUUAAAAGAGUGCAGCAAAAAGGCAGCAGAAUUGCUUGUCAAGGCAGACUCUACAAACAACAUUCAAGAUAAGGAUGGAAAGACUGCAUUACAUUAUGCAUCAGAGCGCUUUUAUUAUGAAGAAGUUGUAAGGAAGCUGGUGGCUUCAGGUGCUAACACCCGUCUUCAAGACAACACGGGAAAGACGGCCCUCCAUGUCGCUUUAAUAGAGCGCAGCAAAAAGGCAGCAGAAUUGCUUGUCGAGGCAGACUCUACAAACAACAUUCAAGAUAAGGAUGGAAAGACUGCAUUACAUUAUGCAUCAAAGCACUUUUAUUAUGAAGAAGUUGUAAGGAAGCUGUUGGCUUCAGGUGCUAAUACCCGUCUUCAAGAUGACACGGGAAAGACGGCCCUCCAUGUAGCUUUGAAAGAGCAAAGCCAAAAAGCAGCAGAAUUGCUUGUCGAGGCAGACUCUACAAACAACAUUCAAGAUAAGGAUGGAAAGACUGCAUUACAUUAUGCAUCAGAGCGCUUUUAUUAUGAAGAAGUUGUAAGGAAGCUGUUGGCUUCAGGUGCUAACACCCGUCUUCAAGACAACACGGGAAAGACGGCCCUCCAUGUAGCUUUAAAAGAGUGCAGCAAUAAGACAGCAAAAUUGCUUGUCGAGGCAGACUCUACAAACAACAUUCAAGAUAAGGAUGGAAAGACUGCAUUACAUUAUGCAUCAGAGCACAAUCAUGAAGAAGUUGUAAGGAAGCUGGUGGCUUCAGGUGCUAACACCCGUCUUCAAGACAACACGGGAAAGACGGCCCUCCAUGUCGCUUUAAAAGAGUGCAGCAAAAAGGCAGCAGAAUUGCUUGUCGAGGCAGACUCUACAAACAACAUUCAAGAUAAGGAUGGAAAGACUGCAUUACAUUAUGCAUCAGAGCGCUUUUAUUAUGAAGAAGUUGUAAGGAAGCUGGUGGCUUCAAGUGCUAAUACCCGUCUUCAAGAUGACACGGGAAAGACGGCCCUCCAUGUAGCUUUGAAAGAGCAAAGCCAAAAAGCAGCAGAAUUGCUUGUCGAGGCAGACUCUACAAACAACAUUCAAGAUAAGGAUGGAAAGACUGCAUUACAUUAUGCAUCAGAGCGCUUUUAUUAUGAAGAAGUUGUAAGGAAGCUGUUGGCUUCAGGUGCUAACACCCGUCUUCAAGACAACACGGGAAAGACGGCCCUCCAUGUAGCUUUGAAAGAGCAAAGCCAAAAAGCAGCAGAAUUGCUUGUCGAGGCAGACUCUACAAACAACAUUCAAGAUAAGGAUGGAAAGACUGCAUUACAUUAUGCAUCAGAGCGCUUUUAUUAUGAAGAAGUUGUAAGGAAGCUGUUGGCUUCAGGUGCUAACACCCGUCUUCAAGACAACACGGGAAAGACGGCCCUCCAUGUAGCUUUAAAAGAGUGCAGCAAUAAGACAGCAAAAUUGCUUGUCGAGGCAGACUCUACAAACAACAUUCAAGAUAAGGAUGGAAAGACUGCAUUACAUUAUGCAUCAGAGCACAAACAUGAAGAAGUUGUAAGGAAGCUGGUGGCUUCAGGUGCUAACACCCGUCUUCAAGACAACAUGGGAAGGACGGCCCUCCAUGUAGCUUUAAAAGAGUGCAGCAAUAAGACAGCAAAAUUGCUUGUCGAGGCAGACUCUACAAACAACAUUCAAGAUAAGGAUGGAAAGACUGCAUUACAUUAUGCAUCAGAGCACAAUCAUGAACAAGUUGUAAGGAAGCUGGUGGCUUCAGGUGCUAACACCCGUCUUCAAGACAACACGGGAAAGACGGCCCUCCAUGUCGCUUUAAUAGAGCGCAGCAAAAAGGCAGCAGAAUUGCUUGUCGAGGCAGACUCUACAAACAACAUUCAAGAUAAGGAUGGAAAGACUGCAUUACAUUAUGCAUCAGAGCACAAUCAUGAAGAAGUUGUAAGGAAGCUGGUGGCUUCAGGUGCUAACACCCGUCUUCAAGACAACACGGGAAAGACGGCCCUCCAUGUCGCUUUAAUAGAGCGCAGCAAAAAGGCAGCAGAAUUGCUUGUUGAGGCAGACUCUACAAACAACAUUCAAGAUAAGGAUGGAAAGACUGCAUUACAUUAUGCAUCAGAAUGCGAUUAUGAAGAAGUUGUAAGGAAGCUGUUGGCUUCAGGUGCUAAUACCCGUCUUCAAGAUGACACGGGAAAGACGGCCCUCCAUGUAGCUUUGAAAGAGCAAAGCCAAAAAGCAGCAGAAGUACUUGCCGCGGCAGAUGCCGAAAACAACAUAAAAGAUGAAGAUGGAGAGACUGCUUUGCAUUAUGCGUCAGAAAAUUCAUAUGUAGAAGUGGUCAAGAAGCUUUUGUUUUGUGACAUGAAUCCAUGCGUGAAUAAUAAUAAAGGGCUGUACCCUUUGAAAGUGGCUCUGAAUAAAGGAAAUAAUGAUGUUGCAAAAAUGAUUCUUUCGAUGUGUGCUCUGAGAGAUAUUUGUAUUGAUUGGAAAGACGUGGGUCUUGAGAAUGAUUAUAUAACCUACUUUGUAUCACUGCUUUCGGAAUUUGAAGCUGAGUUACAGCGGAUGAAGCAGACAAAGUUGGACAAAAAUAUUCUCUCUCUGCAUGAUAUUUCUUGUAGACAUAUAAGCGAGGUAGCACGAUGUCUGAGGAAGGAAAACGCUCAUAGUGUUUUGCUUGUGGACAAGGCUGCUUUAAACUUUCCAAAUUAUGGUGAAUUACUUUCUUUUAAAAUAAGGAGGGCUGAAAGGAGACGAAUCCUAAAUGGUCAGUGUUGGCAAUGCUUCGCUUUUUUGUCUCGUAAAUUACCGCUACUGCCAUGGUUGUGCAUCGAAGUCAUAUUAGCUUUUUUGAGUGAGCUUGAAAUGAAAAAUUUUGUUAAGGCUUUCAUAGUUGAAUCUUAAAGAAAGCCAUUUUCUUAUUUUGCUUUGAAUCCCUGAAAUAAUAUUCUACCUCUAGGAAAACUUCUAUUCUAACUGUCUAAGCUCUUCAAAGAUAUGAAAUUUUCAAAAGAACUUUGUCAUCAGACUGUGCAGCAUAAUACAAAUACUUCUUCUUUUAAGUCAGAACUAUUAUUCAUUCUUUAAGUUCGAAAUAAUGACUUUUUUUGUUACUUUGAACUCAUUAUUACUGUGUUUUCCUUAAAGUGAGACUGUGUCUUACAUUUUGUUUUUGUUUUAAAAUAUGUC